AUGGAUUACGAGUUUAAAAGCUUUUUUUUCUUUCCCCCCAACAACUUCUACCAACCGUCCCCACCCCGCAUUGUUGAUGACGAGUUUCACCACGCUUUCGACCUUCUAGAAUAUUCCCACCCCCCACACUUUCCUCUCGACGAAUUCGACGCAGUCGCCGAUCUGAUCCGGUUCGAGAAAACCCCAUUCCGGACCUCGACCCGCCGGGUCAGACCCAGCGAGCUGUACCUGCAGGCGAUCUCCGAUCGCGUGUCCGAAUUGGAGAUCGGUUUCGAACGCCCACUGAAAGAGGAGAAGGCGAGGAACAAGAAGCAGAAUGGCGAGCGGAAAUACACGUGGACGGCGGAGAUUGAGGAGCCGGAUGAAGACCGGAAGUACAAAUGGAUGGCGGGGAUUAAGAGCGGCGAGGAUGGGAGUGACGUGUUGGAGAAGAGUUACAAAUUUACGGCUCAGAUCAAGGGAAAGGGCAAGGGCGGCGAUUGCCACCGUCCGAUCGAACGGAGUUACACGGUUAAGGUGUCGAGCGGCGGCAAAUCGGAAAAGGAGACGAAGAAGAAGAAAGGUGAUAAAGUGAAGGAGAAGGGUAAGCAGGUGGGCCCCACCGCCCACAUUAUUGAGAUU